CUCUGAACUCUGCAGAGGAGGAGAACUCGGUGCACGUUAAACAUCACUAGCGGUGAACCGGUUUGACGCCGCGCGCCUCUGGAAGAAGCGCGCUCCGGACGGGCUUCAGCACCAUGGACAGCUCCCUGGACGCCGCGGCGUUCUUGCAGAUCUGGGAACAUUUUGACGCCGACGAUAACGGUUACAUCGACGGAAAGCAGCUGGAUGCCUUCUUCCGACACAUGCUGGAAAAGUUUGGGAUGAAGACGGAGGAGAUGACGGAGGAGAUGACGGAGGACGGAAUCAGAGGACUGAGGGACAGAUUCACGUCUGCUUUCGACGCGGCAGCGGACCGACGUCUGCAGAUACAAGAGCUGGCCACCGUCAUGCUGCCGGAGGAGGAGAACUUCCUGCUUUUGUUUCGCAGAGAGACGCCGCUGGACAACAGCGUGGAGUUCAUGAGGAUCUGGAGAAGCUACGACUCGGACAGCAGCGGCUACAUCUCAGCGACUGAGCUCAAGGGCUUCCUGCAGGACCUCUUCCUGCAACACAGGAAGUCCAUCACCCCCGAGAAGCUGGAGGUUUACACUGACGCCAUGAUGAAGAUGUUUGACAAGAACCGGGACGGCAGACUGGACUUGAAUGAUCUGGCCAGAAUCUUGGCCCUGAAAGAGAACUUCCUCCUGAAGUUUAAGAUGGAGGCUUGCAGUCAGGAGGACAGGAAGAGAGACUUUGAGAAGAUAUUUGCUCACUAUGACGUCAGUAAGACCGGUGAGCUGGAAGGCCCUGAGGUGGAUGGAUUUGUGAAGGACAUGAUGGAGCUGGUGAAGCCCAGCAUCAGUGGCACCGACCUGGACAAGUUCAGAAAAGCCCUGAUGGGUCACUGCGACAUCAACGGAGACGGAAAGAUCCAGAAGAACGAGCUGGCUCUCUGCUUGGGCCUCAAGCUCAGCUGAAGGAGCCGCACGGCCUUCAAGACGACGCUUCUUUCUUUCCUCGAUCGCUACUCACGUUCAGCCUCCUUUUCGUUCUACCUUUCCAGUUUAAGUUGCAUAUUUGCAAUCCUGAUGUAUGUGUAUAUCAUCCCUCACUGGCUCUGCUUGGUGUUUAGAGGCCUAUGUAUCCAUUUGUGUAUGAUCCUUGAUGGAAGCAAAACCAUCAUUUAUACAAUUCUCUGUACUAAAAAUUCCAGCCAGUUGGUGUUUUCAUGAUUACAUGACAUGCUUCUUUGUAAUGAGGUCAAAUAUCUAACAGUGUUUGGAUCAGAUUCUUGUGGGACCAAUAAUGUGAAUGUUUGUUAAUAAAAAAAGUGCUAAAUCA